AUGAAAGUUUUAAUAAAAAGAGAUGCAUUUUUAACAGAUUAUGAAGUCCUUAAACAUAUAUAUGAAGAUGAACUUGAAGAAAAGUAUACUACAGAUAGUAUAAAAUCAAGACAACCCGUAAAUGAAAAUUUUCGUACAAUACAAUUUGAGCUUCGGAAAUAUUUAGAAGGUCUUCCAGCAAAAAAACAGACUGCGCAACAAGUAUGUAAACUUACUAAAGAGUUGGAAAAUUAUCCAUUAACAAAAGUUGAAAGACUUAUGAUUGUUAAUUCAAGACCGGAUACUCUUGUUGAACUAUAUGCAUUAAUUGAAGAAUGUGAAGAACGAUUUAAUUUGGAACAAUUGCAACAAAUUUUAGAUCGUAUUCAUAAUGAAAUGCCAUUAAACUUUCAGGAAAAUUAA